AGUACAUGUAAACACCUCCGGACGGCGACCUGCAAAGGUCUUAAAUUGAUCAUGCUACAGUAACAACUAAUUGAUGAUUAUGACCUCGUUGCACACUAAACUCAGUAUUUCCACGAAUAUUGUGGCAUCAUGAUUCCCUCCGAAACCCUCCAUUGCUUCUAUUUCGUCACUUCACCAUGGAUGGGGCGGAGUCUCCCUCAACAUCCAAGGUGAUCGUUCAAUGCAUCGACCCUCACAAUCUAUACGAUAUCAUCGAACCUCAUUUGUCAAGCAGGACUCCCCUGCGAAACCUUCAUUGGAAGUCGCCGAGUCGCCCUCUUCGAUCAAUCGCAUCCCUGAAUGUAUCCGUCGUCCGAGAGGACACUGAUGGCAGGUCGCAAGCCAACGUGCGCAGGCACCAGAUCCCAGGACUGCGGCAGACGCCUUAUGUAAAACUGUACCUCCUGCGUUGUGAUGAUAAGGAGCAAUAUAAAGAGAAGGCCCGCAAGGAAGUCCGCCAAUGGGUCAAGACACAGACAAGCGCCAGUGACGGCAGCAAGUCGUCAGGAAAGGGACAGGAGGACCAUGAUGCUUUUGAAUGGCUGAUUGUCCACGUGGUGCUGCCCGAUACGCCGGCUGCUCGUCAGCCAAAGUCGUCCAAGCAUCUCUCGAUAGAAGCGGCAGAGAGUACCGACAGUGUCAAUAGCAAGUCGAAAUGGACAGGCAAGAGUCCGUCCACGAUUUUGGACAAGCUGAAGGCCGACUUCAAUAGUGGCUCCAAAUCAGGCAUCAACCGCGUUGCGCAAGUGAGGCUUGUAGACGCCAACGACAAACCUACAGGAUUGACCCCGUCUGAGCUCGAAGAACAGUGGCAAGAUCUGGUCGAGAGCCUCAAAGUGUGCAUCUUGCGCUCUUUCGACGCUCGCGUCGCUCAGUACGAGGGUGAUAUACGGGAAAGGGACAGUCAGCGAAGCCUGCCGGGCUGGAACUUUUGCACCUUUUUCAUUCUCAAAGAAGGGCUAGCAAAGGGUUUCGAGAGCGUAGGAUUGCUCGAUGAUGCCCUGGCGAUUUACGAUGAGCUCUCUGUGGGGCUUGACGGGCUCGUCAAGGAACAGGCUCAAAGGAUUGAUCCUGACGACAGCGGCUCGCUGCUCAGAUUCUCCAAAGAGUCCAAGGACCUAUUGAGGGCAGCUCUCAGUUCUCAUGCUGAAAAUGUUUCGACCCCUAAUGGAAACCGGAUAUUCAGUUUAACAGACAUCCUCAACGCUGAUCGAGACCUGUUCCCUUUCGAUACAGAUAGAAAGCACUAUCUAGAGCUCAUUCUGUCAAAUGAAGUGUCUGCUCUUGACCUCCGGAUGUACCUCUUUACACGACAAAUGGAGAUUCUGCUCCGGCAGGGCAGGUCUGACGAUUCUAAGCCUCCAAACUCAACGGCAUCUGCCAAUAUGAAUGUGGUUGCUGACCUCACGGAACGCGCAAUCCAGGCUAUCAACCUUAUCGCCCGCAACCUUCGCCUGGAACUCUACAAUGCUUGGGGCGGCCAGGAAGGGCUGAGUGCAGAGGAAUUGCAUUCGCAGAGAACUGUCACCGGCAAUAUUGUCUCAACGUGGGAAUGGUGUGCAUGUAUGCAAAUAAUGGCUCAGGUUCUCCCAACCAUAGGCACAGAUGUGGAGUAUGGUACUCAAUCUUUAUCGCUUGACGCUGUUGAACUUUCUCGUGACGCCGAUUCGAAGCCCCUAACGCAAGGUGAUGCGGGCGGCCCUGCUCAGAGGAUGUCGUUGGCCGUUAGCUUGCGACCGAAGCCGCGUGAGAAUCCCCAGGAAUUGAGCAAAAGGAGCUCCUUGAUGUCUGAGGGUUCGCAAACCCGACGGCCUUCCGCUUCACAUCCGGGGUUAGAGCGUUUGUCAUUGUGGAUCUCGAGACUGGCGAUGCUGGCACGGCAUGCUCUGGAGGCCCUUGAAAGUGUUCGGCCAUGGGUCAUCGAAAUGAAACGCUCUGCCAGCGACGCAAGUGGGCCAGAAGAUACGGUGCAGACCAAUGGUGAUUCAGACCGGGUGUCACACUCGGACAAUAAUCCAGAGGGCUCUAUCGCUGACGAGGACUUCCAGCAUGGGUCACAGCAAGAGCUGAUGGCCGGUCUGAGUUCGAGGACUUUACGGACAGCAGCAUCAUCCAAGUCAACAUUUCUGAGUCUCUACGCUCUUCUGUCAGUCCUAGCAUAUCGAAUGGCGGCUGAUGCAAAAGGUCAGGCGACUGCCGAGCAGAUCUUGACCAAUCUUGCGGAAAUGGAGUACUCCCAAGGUAACUACACAAUCGCUGCCCGCUAUUUGCACGGUCUUUUGGGCCCGUUACCGAGGCUCAGAUGUCGCCCAGGAGACGGCUACCUACUUCGCAUGUAUGCCGAUUGUCUUUGCAAACUUGACAGGACCAAUGAGUACGCUCGAUGUCUGGUUUCUUGCUUGUACUGGGCCUCUCGGUGCCGCGCGAAGCCUUUGCCCGCCAUGCCCUCUGCUCAAAAUCAGACAUAUGUGGAUCGUCUGUUCAUGAUAGCUCCAACAGUUGCAGAAACGACACUUCCUCUAACAACUCUGUUCCACAUUUCAAGCGUAUCCAGGGCAAUAACCAAACUUGAGGGUCGCGAUGGAUUUGCCAUGUCCAUGGCCAUAAGGUCUCUGGCCGAAACGUCGACGCCAUCGCUGCAUGAUGUCAAGUUGCGCUUGGUCUCCAAGGAUGGAGUUGAACCCCGAUUUAUCACCUUGGCGCAGCGUGGUGAUUCCUGCAUCGAGUCUUCCGGGACCAUGCUCUCGCUAGAGACUUCGGUUACAACACAUGGCUGGUACACACCGCAUGAAGUUGAAGUGCGUAUCGGCCGCUUGAGAUUCUUGCAUCACUUCUCAGUGCCUCGUGAGGAGGAGCCGACAGACUCGAUGGAGCCGGCGAACUCUCAACCAACGAUUCCCCCAGUUCUUGUUUAUCCCUUUUCUCAAUCUCUCGAGGUGAAAAUAACACCUUCUCCGUCCAUCCAUUUGGCACAGAUCCGGCGUCUCUUGGUCACCAUACGGCCAGGUGACAACGACGUGAAGCAAUGUAAACUGCGCUUGAAAACCGCCACUGCGGGCCUGAGGCUGAACAUCCACGAUUCACAACUGCUAGGUGGGGAGACUGAUACGGCUGCUCUACGCACCGCACGUGAGGGGGAUGCUCUCAUACUCAUUGUGGAUGACUUGAGAUCUGGAUCACCAACCGAGGUUGAAAUUCCAUACACGACGGAAGUCCAAACAGAACCCUCAGUAGUCUUGCGAAUUGAUGCGAGUUAUGAGACUCAGCAAGGUGUUUUCACGCUGUAUGACACUGCAGUCGUCAACGUCAUCUUGCCGGUUACUGUCAAUGUUCAAGAUGUUGUCCGAAGUGGUUAUGUCUAUUCACGGUUCACGGUUAGCCCGGCGACCUUGGUCCCUUUGAAUCUGGUGGAAUGUCAGUUGGAAGAAAACGAAGCAUAUGCUUGCGCGGUUGGACACGGGUUUCCUCAGCCCCUAGUGGUCUUUCCCAAGCAGCCCGCGAGCUGGACGGUACGUCUCAUCCCAAAACACGCCGAAGCACCAAAGUCAACGCAGCGGAUGACCCUGGUGGUCCGAUUUCAAACGCUGGAUGAGAGUAUGCUGGCUGCCUUGGAAGAGAGCUUGACUUCAGCAAUCUCAAAGACCAAACAUGCAUAUGCCGCGAGGUUGCUGGCUACACAUUUACAGAACCGAAUACGUUCCACAUGGACCGAACAAGACUUGGAAGUGGCGGGGCUGACACAGGAGGUUGAAGUCUGGAACUUUGAGGACAUAGACUGGCCGGCUGUGCUCUGUGCCUUUGACCGGCAGACAAGUGCCGAGAUUGAAGAUUGGCUCCAAGCAUGGCACUCCAACCCCAAAUCCAUUGCGCUUCCCACGAAGUCGGCACGGCUGCGGCAGCUCAAAUUACACGUGGAUGUGCCGCCUCAACCCGUGGUUGUCUGCGCUGCAUUUGUGGUCAACAAAUCAGAGAAGUCAAGAGACAUCGCUGUAAUGGGUCAGCCGUUCCUGACUGAAUUGGUGAUGAGCCUGGGAAACCAAGCUGAAAAGCAAGUUGAAGCAGCCUUUGAAGUGGCGGCCAUUGCGGAAUCAUGGCUUAUUGGAGGCAGACGGAAAGGAACGGUACUGCUGGGUGAUCAGCCUGUACGCAUUCCCAUCGUUCUGUUCCCCCAGCACCUAGGACAUGCUCUCCUACCGGUCGUCACAGUCCAAUGCCGGAAGAUGGACAAACCAGCUGGGCGUGGCGAAGACGGGUGGACUACCGUGCCCUGCGAGGUGCACAACGAGACAUAUGGACGCAGUAUAUUAGUGACGCCGGAUCUCCAGAGCACAACAGUGGAGGUAUCUGGAGCCAUACCUGAUGAUGGCGCGGGACGACUGAUUGCAAGCACGAAUAGACAGUAGAAACGACGAUAAAAGGACAAUACUUGAAUACGCUUUUGACCAAGGGA